AUGCUCAGCAAUAAAGAUAUUACUGCCCUUCAGAAGACCUACGAUAACAGCUACCUCAGUUGCUCAACAGCGGUUUACUAUGAGGGCCAGGGCGAUGAAGGCGAAGCCACUCGAUAUUGGAAAGCCGCUCUUCGACGCAUAAACGAAUACUACGCGUCGUCCAGCGCACCGAGAGUCUCUGAAUCAUAUACCAGCUCCGACACUGUCUUGAUCGAUGCGCUGAAAGAGCUAGAGCUGCAAUGCAAAGAACGAAUUGAUCUCUUGGAAGCCCUGAAACUGUCUCGGGAGGACAGUCUCGUCUCGACCGACUAUAACGACUCCAUUUCCCCCGGAGAAGCCAGCGGCAGCACCAGCCAGGCCACAGGGACCAUUGGAGACGGCACCAUUCCAGCUGUAACAUAUUCCGAGCUUUCACGUCCCGUCUUCCCUUCAAGAGCAUCUCUGGAUGCAAUGACGUCAUCUGAAGAAGUGAUUCGGAGGAUUCGCAGUACCCCUACCGAAUCUACACGUCCGCGUCUUGAUGGGAGAUCCCUAGAUUCACCAGACGCGAGAGGUGACAGGUCAAGCCGCGGCACAAGUCCCGAAAAGCGCACUUUGAGGACUACACUUCGAUCAAAGAAACAGAAUGAUCAAUCACCUACUGCUCGCCGGUCGAGCAAGCCUGUGGUAGAUGGAUCAAGCUUGGCUGCAACUAUAGCCUGGGGAUCCUCAGGAUCUCUAGGAGCCCGAGACAACCUCCUACGGCCUUAUCCCAUUGAAGGGCGCUCAAAAUCAAGUCCCUCCCCACGCCCUUCUCCGCGCCCUUCUCCGCGCCCAUCACUCGAACGAAAUUCACCUAGUUCGCAAAAAUCAGUACUAUCAUAUGACGUGAAAACUCCGCGUACAUCGCCUAAGAAAUGGAGCGUGGUUCCUCCGUAUGAUGAAUCCCGUCUCCCACAGCCUUCGGGUUUGUCUAUUAGCGCAGCAUCAAGCGCUCUGACCUCUACAUCAACCCAUCAAGAACCCUCCAUAUUGUACCAAACACCGAGUAAAUCAGAACAACAUACGAUGCCUCGGAAGCCCCCAGUUUCUGAAGAAAUGUCGAUUCAGAGUAAAAGAGGCAGCGUGAAAGCUUCCACUAGUAACAAUGCUGGGACCCCUGGAGGACAACGAAAUUCCAGCAUAACGAGAGAACGCCCAAGCGAUAAGACAUUUGGUGCAAGGACCAAGGCAGAAAUCCUGAAGAACCUGCCACCCGGUAUAGAUGAGGGUGCGGCCAAGCAAAUCCUCAAUGACAUUGUUGUCCAAGGAGACGAAGUCCACUGGGACGAUAUUGCGGGCUUGGAAGUGGCCAAGAAUUCUCUGCGGGAGACAGUAGUCUAUCCAUUUCUACGACCUGACUUGUUCAUGGGCCUACGUGAGCCAGCUCGUGGAAUGCUCCUGUUCGGACCGCCAGGUACUGGAAAAACAAUGCUGGCACGCGCAGUAGCCACCGAAUCUAAAUCUACUUUCUUCUCCAUCUCUGCCAGUAGCUUAACGAGCAAAUAUCUAGGAGAGUCGGAGAAACUAGUCAGGGCCCUUUUUGGUCUUGCCAAAGUUCUCGCCCCUAGUAUCAUAUUUGUUGACGAAAUCGAUUCGCUAUUGUCGCAACGAUCUGGGUCAGGCGAACACGAAUCUACAAGAAGAAUCAAGACGGAGUUCCUUAUCCAGUGGAGUGAGCUCCAACAAGCUGCGGCUGGUCGAGAGACGACUGGUAAAGGGAACAAGCGUAGCGAUGCCCAACGGGUCUUGGUGCUGGCUGCUACGAAUUUACCAUGGGCCAUAGACGAGGCUGCGCGGCGACGAUUCGUGCGCCGACAAUACAUUCCACUACCAGAGCCACAGACACGAGAGACACAAUUGAGAACACUGCUACGGCAACAAAAUCACAGCUUGUCGGAUAUGGAAAUAGAAAACCUCGUACAGCAAACAGAUGGAUUUUCGGGAUCUGAUAUUACGUCUCUUGCUAAAGAUGCGGCCAUGGGACCAUUGAGAUCUCUAGGGGAAGCCCUCUUAUACAUGGCAAAGGAGGAAAUACGGCCCAUUGAUAUUUCAGAUUUUGAGCUAAGCUUAAAGUCCAUUCGACCAAGUGUGGACAAGAAAGGCAUACGGGAAUAUGAAGAAUGGGCCGAAAAAUUCGGAGAGCGCGGUGGUUGA